ACACUGUGAAGGCGCGUAACUCAUUUUGAAUUUGGUGAGGAGUGGUGUGUACAGGCUCAGCUGUAGUAAUCGACAUUUACAAAUUGCAAAAUGGCUGGAGGUAAAGCAGGAAAGGACUCCGGGAAGGCGAAAGCGAAGGCUAUUUCGCGCUCACAGAGGGCUGGACUGCAGUUUCCAGUGGGUCGUAUUCACAGACACCUUAAGUCUAGGACCACCAGUCACGGGCGCGUUGGAGCCACUGCCGCAGUAUACAGCGCUGCUAUUCUGGAGUAUUUGACUGCUGAGGUACUUGAGCUAGCAGGAAAUGCAUCUAAAGAUCUGAAGGUUAAGAGAAUCACCCCACGCCACUUGCAGUUGGCUAUCAGAGGUGAUGAAGAGUUGGACUCCCUCAUUAAAGCAACUAUUGCUGGUGGUGGUGUCAUACCCCAUAUUCACAAAUCUCUUAUUGGGAAGAAGGGACAACAGAAGACUGUGUAAUCAACAUUGUAUGUUUGCUGUCUCAGGAAAUGCGUGCGUGCGUGCGGGUUUUUUUUUGUUUUUGUUUUUUUUUUUUUUUCCUCUUUUCCCCGUGUAGAUUAGAUUUUUAAAACUUAUGUUGUCUAGCUUUGCAUUUCUUUUUUUUUUUUUUUUUUCUCCCCAAACAUGGCUUCAGAGAAGCUUCCCCCUCCCUUUUAUAUGAUGGUUGGCAUGUACUCUUUAAUUUGCAAUAUGGCUUGUGAAGUUUCAGGAUUUUAUUUUAAUAAAGCUCAAGUUGCCAGUGAA